AUGGCUGACCUCGCGGCGAUCUUGCAAGAACUCGAUAUGGCACAAUAUCUUCCCAGUUUCAUCCACAAUGGAUUUGAAAGCUGGGCUGAUGUCCUCGACAUAACGGAAUAUGACUUAGAUUGCAACAAAGAGUCGCGAGAGAGCGCGGUCUUCCCCCAACCCCGCAUGGCUUGUCUCGUUCUGGGACGGGCACCGAAGAGAUGGCCGCCAGAUCGAAGAGGAGAUAUCGAUGGCAUCCUAAGCAAGUCUGACUCGAAGACUUACAAUCUCAUUCAGGCGGAUCCAAAUGCUCCUAAAAAGCCACUGACUGCGUAUGCGCAAUUUGCCAAUGAAAAGAGAAGAGAGUUACAACACCGUGGUCUCUCAUUUGCCGACAUGGCCAUCGAAAUCGGAAAACUCUGGAGGGAACUGCCGGAAAAUGAAAAGAGAGACGCCCAGGCGCGUGCGAUCAAGGCCAGAGACGACUACAAAGAAGCUCUUGCAGCAUAUAAGACAACGGAGGAGCAUAGGCGUUAUGAAAUGUAUCUCAAGGAAUGGAAGGCGAGGAAAUGCGCUAGAAAGACAAGCGUCGCAGAAAGUGUCAAUCUAAACGGAUACAACACGACAGACCAGAGAGAUGGGGAUCUGGAAUCAACAUCUCCAAGCACUGACGCUCGAUCCGCUCGCAACUAUUCUGAAGAUGGUACGACCGACAUCUGGUUGGCGGCUAGCAACGAUUAUAAUAAUCCUGAAGCGAAAUUUGUCCCACCGGCUCUGGGUUCCUUGUCCAUGGUCCCCACUGUAUCGGAAACGGUUUGGUGGGCGUCAUCCCAGCCAGAGAAUAUCUGGGACUCUCACGGAGGGGUGCAUGGAGGCAUCAACGCUACAGCAGACAAUAUCGAGAGCCCGCGCGGUCGACAACUGUCUGCCCAGUAUGGUUGGGUACCUAACGUUGGUACAGAUGGACUGAUGCAGAAAGCCGUCCAACAUUAA